AUGGAGAACGCGAAGGUUCUUGACAUCUUCGUUCCAGGGACGAGCAAAAACGUUGAGGACGACUCGGAAUGGAUGGAGACAGGGUGUCUGCCAGCCUUGAUGUCCAGCAAUGUAUCCGUUUCUUUGCGCAUCCACCCUUCUGCCUUGGCCACAAGCCCCGCCAAGCUCCGUGUCUUCUUUGCCGUCAAGUAUCCGUCCGCUACACUCGAUGCAUGUGUGCAGCAGCCACGCAAAAGAUUGGGCUGCAGCAUGUCCUGCAGUGCGACGGUCUUGGAGCCCGGUGUAAACGAAGCUUCCGCGGACUCUUGGGACAGGCACUUGCUCUGGAUGAUGUUGUCCCUUUGGUGCCGCCUGGACAACAUGGUUGCUUCAGCAAGAUCCUCAGCACGCAAGAAAGGUGGAUCGGUACGAAUUGGAACACCAGAGACCCUGCUUGUCUCGGCGCGGCUCUUGGCGCCUUCUCCUUUGUGGCCGCGCUCGGCCAGGCCUUCGCGGCCGGUGGCCUGCAUGCACCUCGUGAGUCACAUCAAGAAGGGUCCAGACACUCCGGUGAAGGGGCUGCUCUUCAAGGAGUUCGAGCCCAGGUGGAUCAAGCACCUGGAAGAGGUGAGCAGCUCCUUGGCGGAUGUGUACGGUGAUGUCCAGGUGCGUGUGCUUGUGAUGGGGGUCGCGGCAAACCUGCUGGUGGUGUCCAUCUGUCAGAUGCUCACUCACCGCUUGAACACCAUCGCCCCACGCAGACUUCUCUACACUGAGCGUGACUUGGCAGACUCGUGA